GAGUUUUAAUAUCGACAAAGUAAAUAGAUGUUAUUUUUUUGACAAUUAAAAAAAAUCAAAUUGAUCACGAUGGAAAAUCCUCCAAGGGUUAAUUCCGUUAGUUUUAAUUUUCGCGCUCGCACGUUUUAAAAGAAAUACUUCUCCAAUUUUGCUGCUCUUGCAUAAAAAUUCUUCCAGAAACUUCGGUUGGACUGCAGGUUCCUCGUGUUUUCACCAUUUAUUGACUAAUUCGAGUGCUAGAUCCGCUUCCCAAACAUUUAAUUUCAAACAAAAUUGAUUGGAAAAAAAGCUUUCUAGAUUGUUCUUUGGGAAAAUGCCCGGACCACGAGGAUAUGAGAAUCUUGUAGAGUGCCCGUACAAUCGGGCCCAUCAAAUCGAGAAUGGCCGUCGAUUUCAAAUUCACCUGGAUAAAUGCCGCAAGGAGUACGAGAAGCUCCACAAUAACAUCAAGAAGCCGUGUCCCUUCAAUGCCACCCACUUGAUCAAUAGUCCGGAGCUUUUGCACCACAUGGACAACUGUCCGGACAGGGUGCUUGUGGACAAGUUCAAUAAUCCAAUUAUUGAUCACAUUCAAGCUGUGCAGAAGAAGAGCACCGUGAAGAUGAUUCCUCAGGGAGGUGAUGAUGAUGAUGAUUGGGAUGAUGAGCCCCCAGCUGCUUCCUACAAUCCACAGAAGUACUGCGAAACCAACAAUAUCAUUCGUAAAUGCAAUGGGAUGCAACCCCAUGAACGGAAGGCUUUCAGGCAGCAGGAGCAUCUCCGUCUUGGCCACAUCCGGGAGACAAAGUAAGAGGAUAGCGCAGGAAUUUGCCCAUUCUUUAGCAGGCUAGAGUUUAGCAAUCUUUUCAAUUGAUUUUCUCCACAUUUUUUAUUUCAAAAAUAAUUCUUAUUAUUAAUCGAAGUUUAGAAGAAAAAUAAACAAAAUGAAUUAGAAAGCAUAGAACCAAUUAUGAUAAUAAAAUAGAAUUUUAAAAGAA